AUGUGCUACCAAGUUGCGGAGGAAGCUUUGCCGCCGCCAGCUGGGAGAGCGGCAGCUCCGGCGCAGCCGCGGUGUGGGCUUCAGCAGGCACAGGUGGCUCUGCUGGUGCUGCGACCGGGGCUGAAGCUGGGGCUGAAGCUGGGGCUGGUGUGGCAACUGCCUCGGCUGCAGCGACCACAGCGAACGGCUCAGCUGCUGGAUCCGCUGGGGACGCUGGGGCAGGAACGGCUGGAGCUGAAGCCACCUCUGGCACAACAGAAGCUCUUGGCACGGCGCGAGCUUCCACCGGCUCCGCUGCUGGAGCUGAGUCGAAGGUUAGUGGCAUUGAGGCCAGUUGGGACAACGCUGGAAGCGAGAGGGGGGAUGUCCCGUCAAGCAGUGCAGCCGCCGGCGAAGGCGCCGAUUGUGCAUCUGAGGCUGUGGAAGUGGUGGCUGCCACAGACGAAGCAACUGGCGCAGACACUUCACCUGGGGCUGAUCUAG